UACACAUGGCGGCGACCGUGAAAGUGAAACAAUCCAUCAAAUUUUCCUGAUUUCUGCGGUUAUUUCUUCAAUAAAGAAAACAAAUUCAUUACACACGUUUCGAAAUAUGCUAGAAGAACAUAACUGAACUAAAUCUGGGGAACGAGUUUACAAUCCCCGAUCACACCCCAAAAAAAGGUCAUCGGUUGACUAACCAAGCACCACUGUUCAAUGGAUUUAUAGCCUAGUUGAAUGCGAUCAAACUACGUCAUUUCCGAUCGGGGAUUCUAAAGUUUAGCUGUUUCAGGUAUAUUUCUCAAAAUGACGGACGAUCUGCCUCCAGCGAAAAGAUUGAAACUGAGUGCGCAGCAAUUGGAAACCCUCACCAGGGAGGAACUGAUUCAAAGAUGUAGAGAUCAGGAUGCUUUUCUUGAGUCCAUGGAAUCAAAAUUUGAUGGAACCCUAGUGAUAGAGUUGAACCAUUUGAAGGAGUCUGAGGAGAAGUUAAAACAGCAGCACAUGGAUGUGAUCCGAAGGGAGAGCGUCCUGGCAAUGCGAUUGACGACUAAAGAACAAGAGAUGCAAGAAUACUUGAAUCAAAUUCAGGAACUCAAGCAAGCUCAAACGAACAGUACUGCCCAGCUACGAUCGAUGCUCCUGGACCCAGCAGUGAACAUUAUGUUUCAAAGAAUGUGCAAAGAACUUGAAGAUAAAAAACAGAAACUCGAACAGACACAGAACGAUUUGAGUGCUUGGAAAUUCACCCCUGACAGUCAAACUGGCAAGCGCUUGAUGGCAAAGUGUCGAAUGUUGUUGCAGGAGAACGACGAACUAGGAAAGGUCACAUCGUCGGGCCGCAUGGCGAAACUCGAAGGUGACAUUGCCCUUGAAAAGACUCUGGUCCAAGAAAUGAAGAAAGGGCAAGCAGAAAUGGACGAGUUUCUUGGUGAGCUUGACGAGGACGUUGAAGGUAUGCAGAGUACGAUUUAUAUCUUACAACAGCAGCUUAAGGAAGCUCGCGAAGAAGUGAGUAGACUGCAGGCAGAGACACAACAAAUGCACCAAUCACAACAGACUAAUGCAUCGCUUCUGCCAGUAAACACAGACUCAGCAACACCAAUGUCUGGUGUUGAAUCCCAAGACUUGACCAGAACUUCCACGCCCGCUAGUUCUAUUAUAAAUCAGCCCGAAUCAGUACAGGUCAAAAUGGAAGUUGAUGAGGAUCGUGUCCAGAACUAUCACUACAACUCGUCAAGGGAAAAUUUCAUUCUGCCAACUUCGAACGGUCAAAAAAGUUCACCCGAAGCACAUAACUUGGACAGCGCAGAGGAUGAGGACAGGCAGCAUCGCAGUCUGGAGCACGAUUUCACAACCGGUAUAAAAUCUUAUCAAACUUCAAAAAGUUCAAAUUUCCAUUUAGUUCAUAACGAUCAUGAAACUAAUGAUGAACCUAUUGGUAAUGCUAAUGCUAAGGUUACUAAGAUUCCCAUGUGUGUUGAAAGCACUGACCUGCCCUCUGGUGACGAUUGGAGUCCCAAACCGACUAAGAAUCCUGGUAACACUGUAGAGGGGGAAGAGUCUGAUAUUGCUAUGGACAAGGAGAUGGGCAUUGAUGCGAGGCGGACUGGUCUGUUAGACAGAGACUCAGCAGUGCCUAUCAACGGCCUAGAAACCUCCCCCUCAUACAGUUCACAUGAAGAGACGUAAGCUAAAUCUCUAGAUGAUGUUCUGUCUAUUAAGGUGUCAAUCUCCUUAAAUAUUUGUGUCUUGAAUGCCCCUCACAUGAUGAGGAUUACCCCUGCUGACCGCCAGACAAAGUUUGCUGCCAUGACACAUUUCUCGUUGCUAGGAAUACCUCCAUUGAGACAGCCUGAACUUAAAUGACUUACCACAAGCAAAAUGAUCAAAGUUGGAAAUGUGCUCCGCUAUUUUGAAACAAGUUUCCUGUGCUUGUCUUUUUGUGUACAGACUCUGAAAAAUCUUGGAACUUAAUAAUUAAUAAUAAUAAUUAUUUAUUUAUUUAUAUAGCGCCGCUUUAAAAUUAAUUGUCAGUGGCGCUGUACAGUGAAGUGCAUUUACACAAUAAAACAUACUUAUUAAAACAUAUUUGCAUACAGGAAAUUAAGUUAAAACAUACGCCUCACUAAAAAGGUGGGUCUUGAGGGCAGAUUUAAAAGAUUUAAAACAUUGAAUGUUACCGAUAAAAGUUGGAAGGGCAUUCCAGAGACGUGGGGCACAGAUCCCGAAAGCUCUUAUCUCCCACUGUCUUUUUCUUUGCAAAUUGACAAGCCAGGGUCGGGGCAGCAGAUGCCCUUGUGUGUCUCUGGUGACCCUGGCCUUGGAGCGAAAGAUAGUCAGGGCCUGUGCCGUGCACGGCUCUGAAAGCAAAAAUUAGCACCUUAAAAUGAAUUCUUUGUGCAACUGGCAGCCAGUGAAGAUGUUUGAGAACCGGAGUAAUGUGAUCAUACUUUUUAGUGUUGGUAAUAAGUCUUGCUGCCUGAUUUUGCAGUUUCUGCAACCGACUGAUUUCGUAUGAAGGUAGACCAUAAAAUAAAGAGUUGCAGAAGUCUAGACGUGAUGUUAUAAAUGCAUGGACAAGACUAGUGAGAAGUUCAACUGGAAGAUACUUUUUAACUGAUGCAAUGUUGCGGAGGUGGUAAAAGCCAGCUGAGACUACCUUUGAAAUAUGGUUAUGAAAUGAAAGUCGAUUGUCAAAAAUUACUCCUAGAUUUCUUGCAGACACACUGGGGCUGAUAGCAGCAUCACCUAUUUUAAUCGGUACAUCACUUGGACAAUGCUCGUUCUGGUACGGUGAUCGCAGGAGAAGAAAUUCUGUUUUCAAGUCGUUUAAUUUAAGCUUGUUGGCUGCCAUCCAGUGUCUGACCUCGACAAGGCACCGCUCAAUUUUGGACAAAGUGCUUAGUAGCGAGUUAGCGUCUUUGAAUUUGAAGGAGUGCCAGUUUUGUGCGUCAUCCGCAUAGAAAUGAGAGCUGAUGUUAUGUGAUUUUAUGAGAUCAGCCAGUGGAUAGGUAUAACAUGAGAAUAACAAAGGGCCUAAAACGCUACCCUGGGGAACACCAAACUUUAGGUCAUGGACCUCAGAUAGGCUCGAGCCAACCUUCACUCUGAAGUGACGAUCUGAAAGAUACGAUUUGAACCAUGCCUUGAUAGGCAACUCCUGCAAUAACAUGUACCUUAGUUGUUUUCAACCUUUAUAAUGAUCACUUUUCAUUUCCUUGCUGUGGUGUGCAGAGCAUUGCCAAAAAUUUGUGGUCAAAACAGUCCAUGUGUACAAUGAGAGGAGUAGUAUUGUAAAGGAUUGUGAGGCAAGAAAUGCUCUAGCUUGGCAAUGGCUGUGUUGAUGGAGGAUUUCCCAACAACCUGUUCUGAUAUUUUCUGCCUUGUGCGUACAACUGUUUUGAGUCCUUUUCCAGGUUUUGAUAAUCAACCACUCACAAGUGAAGAUACUUUAUUUUCAGGAGACCUCAAUGUCUUGUUUUAUGAAAGUGUCUUUAUUACGGUAAAUAAAAUGAAAACAUUUGUUUUGUCGAAGACAGUAAUCCUGCCAUUCUUAUAUGUUCCUCUGUGUAAGUGUCUGUCUAAAUGUUUCUUUGAGUAAAUCAUUUUUCAUCAGUUAAAUCAUGAGAAGGCAAAGGACAGGUCUUCACACUCAGCGAAGGGUUCGUAAACAACCUCAGAUGUAGUACAACCAAACAUUGAUAUCUGUUGAAACUUACAGAAUUGUUUAGGACAUGUUUCCAGGUCAUCUGCAUUCAUAGCCCUUCACAGAACAAGAUAUUCAAAAAACUGUUCCACCCAAAAUGGUGCGGUAGGAUUGAGAACACAAGUAUUUCAUUUCGGUUGUGUAUGACCAGUAUUGUAUUGUCAUUCAUCACAUUUCGUUAUUGGUUGUCUCACCAAACGCCACUCGGGUGGAGCUGUGAUUUUGCUCAAAACAUCGGUUCUCACUUGAUUUGCAAAUGUCAUUGUUUUAUUAAGACGACAGUGAAGAAUUAGGCCAUCUUACAUGUCCCCCUCAAUCAAUUGCCAAUGGGACUUGAUACUUGAUAUAAAAGAUGAAUGUGUGUACUAUUUGCAAUUUUUUCCUUGUCUCUUCAUGCAGACAAUAUGCAUACACUUGGAUCAUCUUCUAUCAAGACAGAAAGAAAGGAAAAACUGGUGCGUCAUAAUUUUAACAGACUCGUGCUUCUAUCACAGAUAAAAGAGGAGUUGCAAAUCUGUUGAUGGGAGUAAACAAGUCAAAUGAUUUUGCCUGUUAAUUGACAUGCUGACAGUAAGGGCCGCCAAGUUGACCGAAGGGAUGCAAAGCUGGCCUUGAACAGAGUUCUCAAAGGAGUUGCGAUUGGUUUUGACAUAUCAUUGAAAACACUUUUGGUAAAACGCCAUGAACACCAGAUGGCAGAGUUGUGCAAUCCAAACCAUCUGAAUUAUGUACCAGGUAUUUGUGAUCUGACUUCUUUGCGUUCACAUGAUUGAAAUUUCAUGCAAACUUCAUCUGGUGGAACACCAGGGGUUUAUGGUCAAUUAUAAUUUGUUGUUAUGGUCAACCCAGGCGAUUCCUUUCAAAUAAAACUAAAUUGAGUUUAAUUUUUGCUGUUGAAUGUUUGUUCAAGAGAACAUUUGAUUCUGUCCUGUGCUCUGAAGUAUGCACAGCAAUUUAUUUUUCAGUUUCUCAUUUUGCACAUCAUAUAGUGGAUAUUUUUGAUCCUCAUGUCAUCAGCCCUUCAAUAUUCAAUAAAGGGAAAGGACAUUAUUCAAAAUUGGUAUCAAACCAAUGACUUCAGAAGUACACUGUUGGCCUACGUCAUUUUACACACGUGCGUUUCCACGAUCAUCCUUCUCUGCUCUGAGAAAGCGACCUCCUAACUAAUCUAGUUACCAGUACAAAGUUCCUGCCAACUCCAUAAAUGUAUUGAAUUGAAAAUAUGAAAGACAAAGAUGUGUAUGAGACGUAGGGUGGUGUCCAUCUUCCUAUAUUUCAAAAACAUUGCAAUUUGAUUGUGGUAGUUGGUGGAGAAAGACCACAUCCAUCACUUCUGAUUAAUAAUACUAAACUCAUUUAAUUUACACGAGCAGCGCCUGAAUUGGUUUAUGUUGAUUUUGUGACAGAAUCUUUUUUUUUACUUUUGUAUGAAGUGCAUUUUUCUCAAAGAAAAUGAUGAUUCUACUGUCACUGACCUGCUCUCAACUGUGGUUGACCUUAGCUGUUGAAGUGUAAUAAAUGAAAUUAUUUUAAA